AUGAAUCAAUUUUAAAAAGCUGAAACUUCAUCAUUCGUUCAAAAUUACUACAUGACCAGAGAAUCUUUGUUAAAUAGCAAACAAACUAACUUCAACUCUAUUCUUCAAAAGUUUUAAUUGAAUAAUGAGGAUUAAGGACAAUUAAAAAUUAUAAUUGAUCAAACAAAUUAAAAAUUAGAAUUGCCUAACAGUUUGGAUCUCAAAUUUGCUUCAUCUAUUCCAACUAAAAUUGAUGAAUAAAUACAAUACUUAAUUAUUAAUGAAACAAUCGAAACAGAUUCAUAAAAUGUUGAAUAAUUGCAGUCUUAAUGUAUUCCUGAGUAUAAUAUGAUAUACACCUUCUUAUGGAAGGAAAAUAUGGAGAGAGUAGAUUAAAUUUAUGAAUAUUUGCUUAAAUACAUACAUGAAGAAUAAGAUGUUUUAAUUUAUUGUAAGAAUGUCAAUGAAAUAUAAUCAUUCGCAAAUGCAUUGGAAUUAUUAGGUUAAAUUUAGGUGAGGUUGACACCUGAAUUUAACGACUUUUAUUAAAAGCUAGAUUAAAGAAAAACGCAAUAGUUCAACCAUGUUAUUUAUUUGCUCAUUGAACCAUAAUAUUUGGAAUCAGAAUGCAUAACUCUAAUAAUUCAUACGUAAUACAAAGAAAUUAGAAAACCAUAUAUAUAAAACAGUGUCAUUUAUUAAGAUCAUCUACUAUCUAGGCAAGAAUUAAUAAUUAGAGAAAUACCAAAAUCCAAUUAGUGUGGAGUGUAGAUUAUCUACAAUUUUCCAAAGGAAACCUAUGUUUCUCUUUCCCCCAAAGAAGUCUAGUUAGAAUUUAGUCAAUAAGAUCAUCAUAUUGAAGAGUUUGAUAAAUCUAAGAAUAGUGCUAUUAUUAAAGGUGCUUUGAAUACAUCAGGUAUGCUAUUUUAGAACAAACCAAAUUUCAAUCUUACAAUUAGGACGAGUCUGCUUUGGUCGAAUAAGGGGGAUGCUUAUUCAUGGAUUGAAAUAAUCGAUUAGCUUGGAACAUUUAUCAACUCUAUCCUUCUUAAUGUCGAAUUUGAUAAAAAUUAAAGCAUCUUUGAAUUUACUCAAUUAGAAAAGUGGUGUGAUGAGAAUUAGAUCAAUCUUUAUAAAGGAAUACUAAUUCUGUUAUAUGUCUAGUAAUACACUUAAGAAUAUAAUUGUCCUUAAUUUAAUAUUCUUAAUAUUGGGGGGUUGUCAAUGGCUCCAAUUAGAAGAUCAUCCAGUAUGUAGGUAGUUUAAGAAGACAAACCAUAAGUUGAAGAAUAAUUAAAGUUAAAUUUCCCAGUAGCCGAAUUAAGAGAAGAUAGACUAUAUCAUAUUCAAGAACAAAGCUAUAAAUUAAAUUAGGGUUGCAUCUAAAAAUAGAAAGGAAGACUUUAACAAUAUAUUUAUAUUUUAGCUCUUAAAGAAAAUUCUAUUUUAUAUCUCCAUAAUAAAAAUAGAAAGUAAUCUUUGACUCAAAAAGAAAUAAUACUUACUAAUGUCGGUAAUGUAAUUUUGGAAGAACUAUGGAAAAAUUAAGGCAUUGAAAUUACUGAAUUAGAAAAUAAAUAUAAUUGCUCUAUAGAACCCAAUUUGAACUUGAAUUUAAUAUCUAUUUAUUCAGAUGACAAGGUUGAUAUGGGUGAACUAUAUGCAAGAAUUGAUCAAAUUAAAGAAAAUCUAAAAACCUAAAUAUUAGAGAUCAAGCACAUAAGUGGAAAGAAAUUAAUAUUUUAGAGUGGAGCCGUUAUUAGCGAAUGGAUAAAGUAGCAUGAAUCUAAAGAGUUUAAACUAGUAGGACUACCUCCCAAAGUAACAGAAGGUGAUAUCAAAGAAUUAUUUGAAGACUUUACUGUGAUCACACACCUUAAAUUAAAUUAUUUGGAAAAUGAGACCUAAGCAUAAAUUGUAAUUGAAGACAAAGAUGAUAUGCCUUACAUUAUUUAAGGCUAUGAUUAAUCAGAGUAUUAAGAUAGAAUCAUUAGUGUUGUUACAGAAUAGACUCAAAUAUAAUUAAAUAAGAUUAAUUAAUAAAAAUACAUAUUGAGUCUUAUCUGGUACACCAAAUUAUGUUCAGGAGUCUGCACUGUGGUAUUUAAUGAAACGGCCUAGGCUAAGGGAUGCUUAGAUUAAUUUAAUAAUCAGCUAUUGGAAGGAAAAUAAAUUAAAAUUACAUAAAUAGAUGAGUUUACUUUAAAAUUCUAGAAUUUAAGUCCGUUUACAACUGAAAUUGAUAUUCUUAUGUUGUGUGGUGGGAAGUAGCAUGUCAAAUACAUUGAUUUAUAAUCAAAAACUCUAUCUGAAAGCAAGGAAGAUUAUUCCCAAAUUAUAAUACAUUUAAUCAAUAGAAAUAUUGAAAGAAAUGAGAAAAAGGAUGUUGAUUUCCAUCAUACUCACUUGAUUAGAAAGACAAGAGGCAAAAGAAAAGCUAAAAUUUAUAUUACCAGCAUUCAUACUAUGUAAAAAUUAUUAGAAAUUUUAAACGGAUAAAAGAUAUAAUUUGGAGCUAAUUUAGUUAAAAUCCACAGUAAAGGUUAAUAUUAUCAAUAUCAUAAAAUCCCUAUUCAACUCAAACCCCAUAUUUUAAGUCUAUUAAAGGAAUAUGAAAAGUUUAAUUUCAAGGUUACUUUCGAAUAAGGAAAUCAUUAAAAAAAUAGGGAACUAGAAGUUAUCAUUUGUACAUACAAUAUCUUAGUAAAUUAACAAUUAGAUCAAGUCAUUACUAACUUCCUCUAAGGUUAUAAAAUUGAAUUGAAAAAUACUAGCGAUUUUCUUUUUACACCUUUUGGAUAGAAUAAAUUAAAAGACUUUGAAAAAGCAGAUGGAAGCAUACACUUCAUGAUUGAUCAAUAUAAAAAAGUGAUACGAGUUUGUUGUUAAAAGGAAAAAUUAGAUGAGAUUACUAAUUAUGUUAAUUAAAUUGCUUAAAUAAUUGUUUCUCAUAAAUUAAUAAUACCACCUGGAGCAAUUAAGUAAUUAGUUGGCUUAAAAGGAUAGGGUCUUGAUAGCCUAAAAAAGCAAUUUAAUUUGACUUAGAUAAAAUAUAAACAGUAGAGUAAAGAAUUGUUUUUAGAGGGAUCAGGUUUAAAUAUUUAAGAUGCUGUUUCUUGCAUUGAAUCAGCAGUAUCUUAAGUAAACUUUGAUGAAGAAACUAUAAUAAGUGAUGCAAAAUAAGAAGACUGCCCUAUCUGCUUUGAUAAAAUAAUACACAGUUAUUUACUAUAAGGUUGUGGCCAUAAAUGUUGUUUAGAAUGCAUUUCCCUUCAUUGUAAUAGUGUUUUACAGGAUGUUAAACUAUUUCCUGUAAGAUGUCCUAUAUGCAAUGAAAAAAUGAUUCUAAAUGAUAUAUUGUAAAUAAUUGGGAAAGAAAACAAAGAAACUUUGAUAAAUUUGGCUCUUAAUAAAUUUGUUUAGGAGAAUAACCAAAGUUUAACCUUCUGUUACACUCCUGGUUGUAAUAAUUUUGAAUAAAUUUAAAUAGAAGAUAAGGCAAUAUAUUGUUCAAUGUGUUUAAAAUAAUAUUGUUUUUUAUGCAAAGCUUUAAGACACCCUGGAUUAACGUGUGAGGAAAAUAAACUUGGUGAUCAAGGGUUGCUAUUAAAAUUGAUGAAGGAAUAAGAUAUUAGAAAAUGCCCAAGUUGUUAAGCCUUAAUUUAGAGAAUUGAUGGAUGCUAUAGAGUGACUUGUUCUGUCUGUAAUAAGAGCAUUUGUUGGAAAGACAACAAAAAAGGAGUCCCUUGCAUGCAGGUGUUUAAGACAGCUUCAGAAUGUUAUGAUCAUUUAUCCAAAUAUCAUGGCGGUUAUUGGUGA